GCAGGAUUUGUGUCCAUAUUUUUGGGUGCUACUUAUCUGUUCUCAAUGCUCGGAAUUUGGCUUGGAGGGUUUCUUAAAGGCAAAUGGUCGAACCAACUCAUUUUCAAAGUCAGUGCCACCAUUAGCAUUGUCCCUCUGGUUACAGCCUUCGUGUUUUAUGAGAAACGCAAAGUUGCUGUUGUUACUCCUGAGUCAUAUGAGAGAAGAGGAGGGUACUGCAGAUACUUCAAGAGAGUGUUCAGAAUUCUGUGGAAAUAUCUGAAACAAGGGUUUAUAUUCAAGCCAACAGUAUUUAUGUUUUUGGUGUUGCUAACUCCGUCUAUCGACUCAGUGAUGUUUACUUUCCAGACAGAUGUUCUCAAGUUUUCGUACCAGUUCAUGUCGAACAUAUCACUGGCCACAUUUGUAGUGAACAUUCUGGCAGUAAUCGUGUACAGGAAGUUCCUUCUGCAUGUGUCUUUGAGGAGACUUAUUACAGUGACUACAGUGCUCUUUAGCUUAGCUCAAGCUAUGAAGUUAAUCAUAAUAUUCCAAUUAAACUCAAAAAUUGGAAUCAGUAAUAAGGUGUUUUAUAUCCUUAAUGAAUGCUUCUACAGUUUUAUCAAUGAGAUUCAUCUGAUGCCACUUAUGGUGAUGGCCACCAGAAUCUGUCCCAAGAAUCUUGAAGCCACAGUUUACGAGUUCAUAAUGUCAGUGAUCAAUCUGGCCUACCUGGUCAGCUACCAAUCAGGAGGAGCCAUUUCGGAACUCCUUGACAUCCGCAAAGGCAACUAUGACAACCUGUGGAUCCAGAUAAUCAUAACGAGUGUGUUUCCGUUAUUGGUGCUGUGAGUCGUCUUCAUCGUACCUAAUGACUUUGCAGAGAAGGUAGAAAAAUUCUCUAAAACUAUUGCUGAUGAAAAAGAAGUCUAGAGGCUAAAAUAAUACAAUUUGAAAGUAUUAGAAUUUUAAAAGAUCCAAAAGAU